CGAUUGGUUGACACUCCUGUACACUUUCACUACCGAGAAGCUAAGGUUGUGUUCACCAUGUUGGAUCAACUGCACAUAUUUGCCUCAUGACCAAUAAUUUUAUCGUUUCAGUGGCAACGGAGCGGCGUCGGUCCAAAGUGUAGAGCUUUAAGCAAGUGGCUCCCUCUUCUCCAGCGGACAGAAGGGCUCACGAACGGAAGGACUAACGUUAACGUUGGGCUAUUUGUGUAAUUUGGGGGCACGAACACCGAUUAGCUAGCCUUAAACUGUCAGGUUGAAUAAUGUCUUCUUUGUAGCCCAUGGCAGCUGGAUAUUCUAUCCUUCAUUAAAAAAAAUGAACUUGUUUUGUUAUUUCGUCUUACUGGAUGUGUGCUUAUUCAGCCGCAAGACGACAGUGUGAAACAAGGCAGUCGAUGGGGGAAAUAAGUUGCCUGACAGCCGUCUGCGAGGAUUUCUCUCAUUUUUUUGAGUCAUGGUCGAAGCUUCGUCACUCUGUCAAUAUGAUGGGGAUUUCUUUGCAGGGACGCGGCUCGUUGGAUUGUAAUAAUAUGUGAGUGGAGUGGAUGACCGAGGUCUGGGCCUGCCUGCGUGCGCUGUUCUAUUGUGGCCUGGGCUUGGCUACAGCUCCUGUGCACCGGAUCAGCAGCGUUAAUUACGGUUCGGAGAUUAUCCCUGUCUGGCCUGCGCACACAUCAGAAGGAGAAUUCAGUUUGGCGUAAUAGAUACGAUUUCCAAGCUGUGUGGAGUCCCUGUGGUGGGAAGAGCAACGGCUCUGGACCAGAGCGUGUCCAGACUUAGACCCUUUUAAAAGAUGAAUGCGCUGCUUCCCAUGCUUUAGAUCACACUGUUCCAUCAAACGGGGAAGCUGAAUUUCAUCAGGAGGGAGGGGGCGCCACCUCUAUCAUGAGGGAAAUCUAGGACCACCGACUAUUCCUAUUUAUUGAGGGGGGAGCGGGUUAUUUUCUUUUCAGUAUUUUUUUGGAAUUAUCAUGAGUGACACUGUUACGGCUGCACAUAUUUUAAGACUUCGAUGGUCAAUGCUGUACACGCUCAUAUGUUUUCCGUUAUUAGCCCCAGGCAACAGUAGCCUAAUGGUGUGCAAGCAAGAACAUUAGUUUAGAGGAAGUGGGUCAGAUCCUUGUUGGCAUUAUGAUAUGAGAAGCAGAUUCUGACAGGAGGCAUUUCAGCAUCAUUGAAUGGCUAUUUGCGGCACAACGGCUACAAAUGUUACAAAAAUGAUGGCUGCUUACAACGGUGGCUCCUCAACAGUGGCUGCCCAUCACCCGCAUCAUCACCACCAGCUCCAGCACCUUCCGCCUCCCCACAUGCACCACCACCACCACGCGGGCCAGCAUCACUUGCAGCACCCGGGCUCCGCAGCCGCCGUGCACACCUCCACGGCUGCCGCAGCGGCGGUGAUGCUCAAUCCCGGCCAACAGCAGCCAUAUUUCCCCUCUCCUGCCCCCGGACAAGCUCCGGGGCCGGCAGCUGCCGCGGCUCCUGCUCAGGUUCAAGCUGCCGCUGCUGUCAAAGCUCACCAUCAGCAACAACACACGCACAACCUACAGCAGCAGCUGGAUAUAGAGCCUGACAGGCCCAUCGGAUAUGGAGCAUUUGGGGUUGUCUGGUCAGUGACAGACCCCAGAGAUGGAAAGCGAGUUGCCCUAAAAAAAAUGCCCAAUGUCUUCCAAAACCUUGUUUCUUGCAAGAGGGUAUUUCGGGAGCUCAAGAUGCUAUGCUUCUUCAAACAUGAAAACGUGCUCUCUGCUCUGGACAUACUACAACCUCCUCACAUUGACUUCUUUGAAGAAAUCUAUGUUGUGACUGAACUGAUGCAAAGUGACCUCCAUAAGAUCAUCGUAUCACCACAGCCUCUGAGCUCAGACCACGCCAAAGUUUUUCUUUAUCAGAUUCUACGAGGACUUAAAUACCUUCAUUCUGCUGGCAUUCUGCACCGAGACAUCAAGCCUGGCAACCUCCUGGUCAACAGCAACUGUGUGCUCAAGAUCUGUGAUUUUGGCCUGGCCCGAGUGGAGGAGUUAGAUGAGUCACGACACAUGACUCAGGAAGUGGUUACACAGUAUUACCGAGCUCCUGAGAUCCUCAUGGGGAGCCGCCAUUACUCCAACUCCAUCGAUAUUUGGUCUGUGGGCUGCAUCUUUGCUGAGCUGCUGGGGCGGCGCAUCCUGUUCCAAGCCCAAAGUCCCAUUCAGCAGCUGGAUUUAAUCACUGACCUGUUGGGGAUUCCCUCUAUGGAAGCGAUGAGGACGGCAUGUGAAGGCGCUCGUGCACACAUUCUCAGAGGACCUCAAAAGCAACCAUCCCUUCCUGUUCUGUACACACUGUCUAGCCAAGCAACCCAUGAAGCUGUCCACCUCCUCUGUAGGAUGCUGGUAUUUGAUCCGUCAAAGAGGAUUUCAGCAAAGGAUGCCCUGGCUCACCCUUACCUGGACGAGGGUCGACUGCGCUACCAUACAUGCAUGUGCAAAUGCUGCUACACCACAUCCUCUGGCCGUGUUUACACCAGUGACUUUGAGCCUGUCACUAAUCCCAAGUUUGAUGAUGGCUUUGAGAAGAAUCUGAGCUCUGUGAGACAGGUCAAAGAGAUCAUCCAUCAGUUCAUUUUGGAACAGCAAAAGGGGAGUCGAGUGCCACUCUGCAUUAACCCUCAAUCAGCUGCUUUUAAAAGCUUUAUCAGUUCCACAGUGGCUCAGCCUUCUGAAAUGCCUCCAUCUCCACUGGUGUGGGAAUAGCUGCUGCUGUGUCAUCAUAUUUCCCAACUGACAAGCUGCUAAUUGGGAACAAGAACGCGUCUCAACGUCUUCUAUCAUCUGCGUAGCAUUUCACUGGAGAGCAGGACUCACAGGUCUGCCGUGUGUAUGCUGAAAUAUGAAACACAUGAAGAGAAAUUCACUGAUAAUUGCUUUAUGGGGGUGUUUUGCAAAUUAAUGAGACAAAUGCUCUGGAGACCAAAUCAGAAUGUUUUAAACAAACUCAUCUGGUUACUUCCAAGUAGAUACGAUUUAACAGUUUGUACAUUUGUUUUGCUAAAUAGAUUAAUAUAAAUAAAAAAAAAAGAUAUCUAUUUUAACAUAUCCGUAAUCACAAACGGAUUAAUUUCCCUUGCAAUCAGGCUACUCUGCAUUAUUAUGCCCAGCUUCACCUCUGCACUGGUAAAUUAAAUCAGACAAUCGAUUGGAAUUGAUCUGAAAGCUGAAAGCUCCCCAUAGUUUUAGUGAUGGACAAAAUAAGCCUCACAAAGCUUCUUGAACCAUUUUAUUUAUUUUCUGUGGCCGCUAGAUGGCACUCUUGGUUUAAAGUUAAAGGCUCAAGGAAUAGCAAUUUAGUGUU